AUGUCAGAGUACGAGGGGAUCAAACCAUUGUUAUACACUAAAAAAGAUCCUAAACAGACUAUAAUAGGAUACCCUUUUGCUUCUUUGUAUGUCUUAGCAGCUGCUGUUGGUAUCUAUAUUGAAUCAACAUUUUCGACGGCGUCCAUUGUUCUGUUGUUUGUUGUAUUAGUCUUCCAUGUCCUCUUGUACCUCAACACGGAAUGGUCAACCAAAUUUAAUAUCCGAAUCAACUACAAUCCAGUCGCUACAGUCGACCAAGCGACUCACGCGUACUACAAAACGAAGACGGAGAACUGUUUGACCACAUUAAUCAAAACAGAACAGAGCAUUUCCGUCUUCUUUAGCUUCAAGAAAUACAUCUACAACCCAACGAAGAACGCAUUCUUCCCCCUCGAGUACCCAAACAAGAACAUGCUGAAGGAGUACACCAUGUCACAAAGUCUGACCUCUGCCGUUGCGGAAGAAAAGAAUGAAUACUACGGACUUAAUAAGUGCACGAUUCCUAUUCCAAGUUUCAUGGAGUUGUAUAAAGAACAAAUAGUCCAACCCUUUUUUGCAUUCCAAGUCUUUUGUAGUGUUUUGUGGAUGCUGGACGACAUGCCGAUCUUCGCCUUUAUGAUGCUCGUCAUGCUCUUUGUCUUUGAAGGGAUGACGACAUUCACGCGAAUGAAGAAUUACGGCAAUUUCCGGGCAAUGGCCGCGAUGGAGCCAACAAAGCACAAAGUGUAUCGAGAUGGUGAUAAGAAGACGGUAGACAGUGAUCACAUCUACCCGGGAGAUAUCAUUGAAAUCACAAGUGGAAAGGCUAUAGCGGACUGUGUGAUAGUGGAAGGGAUGUGUGUUGUCAAUGAAGCCAUCUUGACUGGGGAAAGUACACCACAUAUGCGUGAGGCUCUUUCCACAAUAAUUGAUUCUAAGACGGAGAACGAUGUUCUUGAUUUAGAGACGCACAAACAUCACAUUCUCUUUGGUGGGACUGAUAUCUUACAAGACGAGAAUUGUUAUGGGUAUGUUAUUCAUACAGGAUUUCAAACUGCUCAAGGCAAGUUGUUGAGGACAAUCAUCUCGAGUUCGGAGAGGAAGAGUGCGAACAACCUUGAGAGUUUAGUAGUGAUCUUGUUCUUAUUAGUCUUUGCUAUUCUAGCGUCUGGAUAUGUCUUUUAUGAUGGGAUUGUCAAAGGAAAAGACUUCUGGAAAUUGGUACUGUCAUGUGUGUUAAUCAUUACAAAUGUCGUUCCUCCAGAACUUCCAAUGGAAUUAACUAACGCGAUUAACUACUCACUUGUAUCCCUCAAGAAACAAUUCAUCUUUUGCACAGAACCUUUCAGAAUACCAUUUGCAGGGUCUGUUGAUGUCUGCGCAUUUGAUAAGACGGGGACAUUAACAUCGGACGAAGUCAGUGUAGCCGGAGUUGCGGGAUUUGGAACAGAUCCAUUCGAACUCCAAACGGACUUUUCUAAAAUUCCUAUUGAGAAGUUACAAGUGAUUGUGGCGUGCAACUCCCUGUCGCGAAUGCGUGACGGGAAGAUCAUUGGAGACCCUGCGGAGAAAGCCGCCCUUGAAUUUUCAAAGUGGAAUUUGAACGCUGAAAACAAAUUCUGCCCAGUUAAAAAAACAAGCCAGCAGAUAGAAACAGUCCAACGCUUCCCUUUCUCAUCGAUGUUAAAGAGGAUGUCCGUUGUUGCAUCGAUCUUCAAUUUCCAGAGUAACACUCGAACAUAUGUGGCGUUUGCCAAAGGCGCUCCGGAGAUACUGAAAGACCGAUUCGUUGAUAUUCCACAUCACUACGAUAACAUUAAUCGCUUUUUCACGUUACAGGGUAUGAGAGUGUUAGCGUUUGGGUACAAAAAUGUUGAGCGGAAGAGCGGGAAGUACGUUCGAGAAGACGUUGAAAAGGAUCUUAUCUUUGGGGGGUUCAUUUUGUUUACAUCGCCAUUGAAGAAAGAGAGUAAAGAGAAUAUUAAAGUACUGAAAGAGAGUGGCCACGAUGUUGUGAUGAUUACUGGCGACAGUGUAUAUACCGCAGCACACGUUGCAGAGGAGCUCGAGAUCAUUUCCAAAUCAAAGAUGGUAUUAACAAAAGAGAAUGAGAAGUGGGUGUGGUGUGAUAUGGAAGGUGUUGAGCUUGAGGAAUUUGACAUCUCGAAAUUGCCGGAAAGUCUAUUGAGUUAUGAGAUUUGUCUCAGUGGUGAGGCGCUUUCAUAUAUUCUCACUGCGAGUCCACUGAUCAGUUCAGCACUUAUUAAACAAACGAAGGUGUUUGCACGAGUUACACCAAAUCAAAAGGAAGAAGUAGUUUCUGUGAUGAAAUCGUCGAAUCAAAUAGUGUUGAUGUGUGGAGAUGGUACCAACGAUGUUGGAGCUUUGAAAUGUGCUGAUGUGGGUGUAGCGAUCUUAAACACUUUACCAUCAGAGAAAGAAAAGAAAGAAGCUGAUGCGAUCAAAUUGGGAUUGGUCCCAAUGCCAACACGCCCAGCAGUCACGCAACUGAGUCGUGAAGAAAUUGAACGACGACGGCGAAUGACCCCUGCGGAGAAACAAGCGUUCUUAAAGGAACAAUUAGUGAAGAUGAUGGAAGGGAUCCCCGAUGAUGAGUCUUCAGUGCCUAAAUUUGGCGACGCUUCAAUGGCAUCUCCAUUCAGUUGUAAAUCAAUUGAGAUCUCCCCUGUUGCUCAAGUCUUAAAACAAGGCAGAUGCACAUUAGUUACGACACAACAAAUGUUCAGAAUAUUGGCGUUGAACUGUUUAAUUAGUGCCUACGACUUGUCAGUAUUAAAACUUGAACGUGUGAAAAAUUCCGAUAUCCAAAUGACUGUCUCAGGGAUCUUACUGUCAAUCUGUUUCUUGAUGUUGUCGAACACUAUGCCACUCGAUAAGUUGAGCAAGUCAAAACCAACAAAGAACAUCUUUGCGGUGUUCCAUGUCUCCGCAGUAAUCUUCCAAGCAGUCGUCCACUUUAUUGUUAUCCAACUCGCUCUUAAAUGGGCGAAAGAAGCUGCUGGGAGUGAUUACAAAAUACCAGAAGAAGACGAAGAGUUCAAACCGACCAUAGUUAACUCUAUCAUCUUCUUGGUGUCAAAUGUCAUCAACGCAACAACAUUCGCAGUUAACUACGUCGGAGAACCGUAUAGAAAGAAUAUCACAGAGUACAAGCCACUGUUAUAUUCGUUGUUGGCAAUAUUUAGUAUCAUCGUUGUACUUGCUCUUGAGAUCGUCCCUGAACUUAACACCCUUUUUGGAAUGGUCAAAUUCCCAACAGACGAUUUGAAGUAUCAUAUCAUCGGACUUAUAGCUGCAGAUAUCGUUUUAUGCUUUGGUGGAGAAAGAGCACUGAGGUACUUCUGCAAAUUCAAUCAGUAA